AUGAUUCAUAUAGACUCCAAGGAAUCGCCUUUGUAUCCAGGUGACUCUUUAACACGAGACGAGAGGCUGCAAAGAAUCGUAAAGCAAUCCAAAGCUCAAGCACGUUACAUCGAGUCACAAAUAUUACUCCAGAUCAAUUUAACUCGUUCCAUGAAUCUUGAUGUUAUACACUUUACCGUAGUUUACGAACUAACAAGAUUUUACGUUGCAAUGGUUGGUUCCGGUAGUGAUCAGACGUGGCUUCAAUGCGAAGGUGCCAUUAAAGCUUUCACUCAAGAUAAGCCAUUGUAUCCUUGGAGGUCGUCAACUACAUAUCAUCCCAUUCCUUGUAAUACGCAUCCUCUUUGCAAGGGAGAUAAAUGCAAUGCUAAUGGCCAAUGCACUUACUUAUCAAGAUAUGCGAGUGGAUCAUUUACAUCUUAUCUCUCUUCCGACAAAAUUGCUGAAGAAAAGUUCACUCUAGGCUCUGAUACUGGUGGCCCUGAAAGUAUUGAAUUACUUAUGGGUUGUGGGUUUAUCCAAGAAAAUUUUGAAUUUAUCGGUAAUAAUCAUUUACGUGGAAAACUCGAUCUUAUUGUAGAAAUUCUCGGUUUAGGAUCAGGACAAUGGUCUUUUCUAAAUCAGUUAGGUGUUGUUGGACAAGGUAAAUUUUAUUAUUGCUUCGAGAUGUUUAACUCGAAAAUUGAGGGGUCAAAUACAUACUUAAGGUUUGGUGCAGAUGCGACAAUUGGAAACGUAGGUCAAAAAGUACAUACAACUCCUAUUUUUGUGCCUGGAUUUCAAACGCAACUCUAUUACUUAAAUCUAGAAGAUAGCAGUGUAGGUAAAAAAAGAGUAGGAUUUUCUAGAGGUACUUUCAAGAUUAACAGUCAAGGAAAAGGCGGUACUAUCAUAGAUUCUGGUACUCCAGUAUCCAUGAUGUACAAAGAUCAUUUUGAUAAAGUUGCAGAUUUGGUGAAGGAACAUUUUAACGACUUAGGAAUUGAAUAUGUUGGUUCUAUACAAAGUUUUGAUGUAUGUUUCCAUUUACGAGGAAAAUUUGAUGUUAAUAACUAUCCUUCCAUAACACUUCAUUUUCAACAGGCGGAUUAUGUUAUUCAAGAUUAUAAAGCUAAAUUCUUGAUGGCAACCAUCAAAAUUGUUUUUUUGGGAAUUUUCAGAGAGAACAACACUAGUCUUCCAAAUUUUACUCUAUGA